CAGAUAUUUGUUGCUGCAUCAGUUACAUUCAGGGCAGCUUCCCCAUAUCACAGUGAUGGUCUCAAAAACCCUCUGUAUCUCUUUUUCAGAGCCAUCUUUCUCUCAAUAUAUAAAGGAAGUGCUGGAUGUCAGGCAAAAUGAAUUUGGGCAGCUGAAAAAACAGACACAGCAAAGACGAGCAUUUUUGUGUCUGUGCAGCUGCAUCACGGACAUUAUAAAAGUUGAUGUAGGUGCCAUGGAACAAAGCGUUGCAAUUAAACAGAGCAUUAAGGAUCAGAUGCUGGUGAAGAAAUACUCCAUACGUGGAAAGGAGAAAAGUGAAGAUCUGCAGUCGCACCCACUCGCUAAACACGACGACAUGGUUAGAAAAGUUCAUACCCUACAGGAAAGCCAGUUCUUCCGGAAACUGUGGAAGCUGAAAGCGGAACGUGCCAAGGAUGUUUUCCCAGACAAAGCCCUUCUUUCCCUGGAUGAAGUGCAGGAAAACAUUUACCUCCCGGCCAUGGUCGAUUUUCAAACCACCUAUCUGGCCCUUAAAAAAUUUUCCAUCAGCCUUGGUGACAUUGAGAGACAGUUUGGAAGGCUGCUAACAGAUGAACAGGAGCUCAGAAAUGAAUUUAAAAUCAUGGAGAAGAGCGAGGGAGGAUCCGGCAGCAAGUCUGAGUGGGCUGAGGCCGCGGUGGUUAAGAUUACAAGCUACUUGAAGCUCUCCACGGUGGUGAAGACAGCCAAAAUGAUAGAUGAACUACGAAGGACACUGGGACUCAGAGGAGAUUUCCAGCUCCUUGAUGACCUGACCAAAUACGUACGUAGGACUCUCAUAGAUAUCAUUGGAGCAAUUGGUUAG